UACCCAUCCGCUAUUCUAUGAGGGAGCAUGCCCUCAUCUCUGGGUUAGACUGCGGUGAUUAUCCACCAAACUAUGAGAAGUUGGGAGGUUAUAAGUUUGUGGAUUAUUACUUCCAUGACAGAAAGAAGAUCACCAUCACUGAUGUGAAGCAGAAGAUGUUGUCUAUGCCGCCGUGUCCAGAUAGAUUGAAGAUGACAGUCUUGUUUUUUCUUGGUCGGGUUAUCAGAGGAAAGCCGAAGGAUGCUGGAAAUUUAGACGACUUCAUAUUAAGGAUGAUGGACGAUUUAGAUGCUUGCAGAUCAUUUCCCUGGGGUCGUCUAACGUUUGAGGAUGCAAUAAAGGAGAUUAAGCACGUGAUGAACCAUCUGAAGGGUGAAGUGAAAGAGGCAUGCGCCUUUCCUGGUUUCAUCAUCCCUUUAGAGGUUCUGGCUUUUGAGUGUAUUCCGGAUCUGGGGAAGACGUUUAGAAUCUAUUCAGAGGACGCCAGUGAAGAAUGUCCAAGGAUGUGUAAGAGCCGGUUUACAAAGUCCAGUGAGGAAAAGGAUGAGAACAAUGAUGAGAAAGAUGAAGAAAAAGUGGUGGAAUCUGAGGCUGAAGGAGAAGAUGAUCAAGUAGAGGUUGGAGGGAAAGAGGAUCAAGAAGAAGAAGUUGAAGGGAAGGAGGAUGAAGAAGAAGAAGUUGAAGGGAAAGAGUCUGAAACCAGGGAGAAAGAAAAGGAGAAAAAUGAGACUGAGGAGGUGGAAUCAGAAGCACGGGAGACAGAGAUAGAAAAAGGAACUCCGACACCACCACGUGGGAAUCAGACAGAGAGAACUCCCAAAGAUGAUGACAAUGAGCCUCGGGUUGAGCCUCGGGUUGAGACGAACAGAACCGGUGAAACUCCAACACCACCACAUGGGAGUCAGUCAGAGGGAACUCCCAAAGUUGAUAACACUGAGCCUCGGGUUGAGACAAACAGAACCGGUGAAACUCCAACACCACACGUGGGAGUCAGUCAGAGGGAACUCCAACACCGCCACGUGGUAGGACUAAGGCAAUGGCUGCAAGGAGACCAAUAA